ACAUUAACUCGAUAAUAUUUUUCACUUGCAAUCGUCUCGGAUAUCAUUUUAAUAAUGCAGAAACUGUUUGCUAUACUUUGCGUCAGUGUGUCUUUGGAGUUGGUUUAUUCAGCCGUUUACAUACAACCGGCCGUAAAGAAACCGCCUGAGUUUGCGUGCGAAGAAGGAUGCUACAGUCCGGAACUAAAUAUUGUGUUGCCAUACAACGAGCCUUACUCGCCUACUGACCAGGGUCAGUGCAGGCAAUAUUUGUGCGGAAACUCUGGGGACACUCAAAUAUUAACCUGCGGAGCUGUAGGUGCUGGUCCUGGCUGCGUAAAAGUCCCAGGGGAUCUGUCGAAACCCUAUCCAAAUUGUUGCAACACCGUGUCGUGCGAUCCAUCUGCUUCAAAUGGCACUCAAACUGCUGUGGCUUAAACCGUUGAAAUAAACCUUGCAAUUGAA